GUUCGCUGGUGGGAACAUAUUGUACAGUCUGGUGCCAUCACAUGUCUCCUCUCCUCACAGUUCAAACGAUUGGGAAUUUUCUCCACAUACAGGACAAGUGAAGCGUGAGAGUCCAGGUUUGGCUACAAGUGGCUGGAAAUGUUCUCUGCAGUGACCAAGCAGCUCACAAAGGAGCUGGACUCUGACGGGAGGCUCAUUCCUAUAUCCAGCUUGGCUAGUGCCAAUCGUUACAGACCCUUCUGUUUGGUCAUGAAGGAACAGUCCAGGCUGCCUUGGCAACCCAGAAAAUAUCUCGCCACCCACUACAAACUUACAGAUGUAUUCAAAGAAGGAACAACUAUGGAUGCAGAGGUGAAAUAUGAUGAUCUGUUAGGAUACUCCAAGACCACAGACAAGAAUGUAAGAGGAAAGCUCAGCCUUAAGUUACAGACCACUGAGGUGGACUUUGGUGGCUCAGGGAAGAGUUCAAUUUCUGUCUCUCAGAUAUCCGUGAGAAAAGCCUAUGUGGUUGAAAAAGGGCAGUGGAAAAUUGACACAUCGCACAAGUUCAUAAAAGAAUUUUCAAGCUCCCCUAGGAUGAAGCUAUAUGUCGUGACUGAAGCUUUUGAGAUAAAGGAACCAUUGCUCAUUAAGAAGAUGAGCCAGGGAGGAGGCAAAGUCAAGAUUGCAGCAGAGGAAAUAGGUGGAAUACAGGGGCGGGCCAAGAGCAUUAAAAAGAAGAUGAUGCUGAUUCCUCAGGGCACAGUGCUGGCAUAUGUCGUACAGCCCCUGAAUAUCCAGAAGGAAGAAGAUUCCUAUGCUUUUGUUUCUGAUGGCUUCAAGGAUGAGUCAGAGCCUUCACUAACAGAACAUACACCAAUUAGUCAACACAACACUGUUAUGAAGAGGAUAUCAGCAACAGAUGGAGGAACUGAAAUGACUAGCCCAAGUUCACAAAAUGAACCCGUAACAGAGCAGGGAAUGGAACCAAGGAGUUCUGUCUCCAAAGUCACAGUAUUUCAGGAAGUGAAGGGCACCAUCAAAAGAGAAUGUGAGCCGCUGAUGUCUCUGAGUCAGGAUUUCAGGAUCAAACUGCUGGGAACCUUUAAGAGCUUUCUGCAGGAUGGUGAUGUUAUAUCAGAUGUUAAAACUGUGCUGGAGCUUUUCUUGGCGGGGGAUCAACCUAAGCACUCAAUGUUGGACUCGUUGGAUGAAAAUCUCCGGCCUCAGGUGGAAAAUUUUCUUCAUGAUUUAGGAGUUUUCUGUGAGGAUCAGAGAGAAGAAGCCCCUUCAUUAUUGCAACCGGUACACUUCCUGUGUUCUUCUUUAGAAGAUCUGGACUUUAGAGUGCUACCCCUGCUUGUGACCUGCAUAGAGAAGAACAUGGUGGCCAAGCAGCUUGCGCAGAUGAAAGACGUCUUGGAGUGGGGGCUUCUUUCCAGUGACGAAGAAAGCAUCUUCAGCCUGGGCUCUUCUCUGCCAGAAGAAGAAAAGAACAUAACUGCAGAAAUGAUGGAUACGUGCGGACUGAUUCCACAGACAGACAGACCCUCUCUCACCUACCUAUGGAAUAAGGAAGCCCAAUCAAACCUAACUGUACUGUAUGCAGCCUUGUAUGCUUUGUGGAUUCUAAGUGAGUGAUACCAGUUUAAGUGGGAUGGUGUAAAUAUAAAAAAUGUGGAUCAACAAAGAGCUACAAAUCAUCCCCCUAAAGCAGGGUUGGGCAAAUUACAGCCCGUGGGCCACAUCUGGUCUGUCAGACCAUUUAAUCCGGCCCUUGGCUCCCGCUGGGGAGCGGGGUCUGGAGCUUGCCCUGCUCCCGCCCUCCAGCCAGGGAACAGGGUUGGGUGCUUUCCCCACUCCGCUGCCCCAUCUGCAGGUGCCGCCCCCACAACUCCCAUUGGCCACGGUUCCCGGCCAAAGGGAGCUGCAGGAGUGGCCCCUGCGGAUGGGGCAGCGCACAGAGCCGCCUGGCUGUGCCUCGCAGCUGGAGGUGGGACAUGCUUCUGGGAGCUGCUUGCUGUAAGCGUCGCCUGGAGCCUGCAUUCCUGAGGCCCACCGCCCCCCAAUCCCCUGCCACAGCUCUGAUCCCCUGAUCCCCCUCCUGCCCUCUGAACCCCUUGAUCCCAGCCCAGGGCCCCCUCCUGUACCCCAAACUCCUCAUCCCCAGCCAGAGCCCUCACCCGCCACCUGCACCAUCCCUGAUCCCCCUCCUGUCCUCUGAACCCAUUGGUCUCAGCCUGGAGCAUCAUCCUGCACCUCAAACCCCUCAUCCCCAGCCCCACCCCAGAGCCCUAACCCCCCCUGCACCCCAACCCGGAGCCUCCUCCCACACCCUGAACUCAUUUCUGGCCCCACCCCAGA